UUCCCAGUCAGAUUUACUCGCGGGGAGAAGAGAGCAAGAUAACGGCGUGCACUGGAGUCAGACUCUGAUAGAGCAACUAAGGACUUUGGCCGUCAAUUCGCAUUUAGUUUUCAUCAAGCUCUAGUCUAGCUACACAGAUAAAGAAAGCGUCGAUACGGAGUAAAGUUAAAAUUUGAGGGAAAUUUGUGCUGUAAACAUCUCGCUAGCGGUCGGACAGUGCGACAGUCGUGUAUUUUAACCUCUUCAGAAAAUAAGCGGUGUGAUAUAGUUUGUUAUCUUGAGCUCAGGCGAUUAGUAUUCUCAUUAGCUCGGUUACUCUAGCUCGUUUAUUUUGCUGUUUGUAAAAACUAUUGAGCUCCGGGAGAAAAUGUCCAGCCUGCCUUCCGUCAGACUCGAGAAGGGCCGAGUGGAAGUGGCGUUACCUGGGCAACAGGCGCAGCACGAGCGUCCUCAGACGGUCUACGUCAUUCUGGACUCCUCAGCCGAAUCUGUCAAUCUCAUCAGUGUUGAACCCCUUCUGCCUGAGUCUGGGAUCGUGGCAGAUAUUGAGGUGGAAGGCUUUUUAUCCACCGAUUCGGACACCUUCUACGAGCUCAAGAGUCAGCCCAUCACCCCAAGUGGCUCUCUGCCCUCUGCUGACCCCGUGACCCCAACCGGCUCAGUGAUGACGUCACGCGUGUUGAUGAGGCAGGAGCUGAUGCGACAGCAGGCUCAGGACCAGGAGAGACGAGAGGCCCAGAAACAGGCGUCCAGCGCUUUACAGCGCCAUACUGACGCCACCCCUGCCAUCUCCGUCACCUCCGCCCUGCCUGCCACCCCGGCCCAGGUGCCCGUGGAAGUGCUGAAGGUUCAAACUCACUUGGAAAACCCGACAAAGUACCACAUCCAACAAGCUCAGAAGCAGCAAGUGAAGCAAUACCUCUCUCACACCCUUGGCAAUAAAAUAGCCAUUCAGACGCUGGCAACAUCUCCUUCGCCCCAGCCUGCCUCUGCCCCUGAGUUGGCCCCUGCUGUCAGUAGCACUCCCAGCAGCCCACUGGCUGUGCUCAGCCUUGGAUCGAACAAAGAAGAGAUCGAAGACGUCAUUGAUGACAUCAUCAGCCUGGAAUCGAGUUUAAACGAUGAAUUUAUGACUCUGAUCGAAUCGGGUUUGCAGCUUCCCAACACGCUGCCAAUCUCAGGAAAUCUCCUGGAUGUGUACAGCAGUCAGGGCAUGGCGGCGCCCACCAUCACCGUCAGCAACUCCUGCCCUGCAGACCUGCACAACGUCAAGAGAGAGUUUACCGAUGCAGAGGCAAAAGCUGUUAUGAAGGAGAGGCAGAAAAAAGACAAUCAUAACCAGAUUGAGAGAAGAAGAAGAUUCAACAUUAAUGACCGCAUUAAGGAACUUGGAGGUCUCAUUCCAAAAUCCUCUGACCCCGAGAUGCGCUGGAACAAGGGCACUAUACUAAAGGCGUCGGUCGACUACAUCCGCAAGCUACAGAAGGAGCAGCAGAGAGCCAAAGAGAUGGAGAUGAGACAGAAGAAACUUGAACACGCCAACCGCAGUCUGCUGCUGCGCAUUCAGGAGCUGGAAAUGCAGGCUCGUCUCCACGGCAUGUCUUCAUCUCAGAUCUCUGACUCCAUGCUCCAGCCGCAGACUUUAACCCUGAAUCACAUCCCCAGCCAUGACCUCUCCAAGACCCUUCUGUCCCUCAACCAGGCCACGCCCUCUUCUUUCUUGUCUCCGCCCUCUUCUACCUCCUCAGUGGGAGGGGUGGUCACCAGCCCUCUGGACCUCGGGACACUCAGCUUCGGCGAGUUAGAUGACCCCUCUGCCUCCGUGUUUAGUCCAUCCCUGAUGGCGGAAAUGGGGUUAGGGGAUAUUUUGAUGGAUGACAGCAGCGCUCUGUCGCCUGUAGGGGGCGCCGAUCCCCUGCUUUCCUCAGUCUCCCCGGGGGCGUCCAAAACCAGCAGUCGUAGAAGUAGCUUCAGCAUGGAAGAAGACUUGUGAUUGCUUCUAUAAAUGGGACGAUAGUUUUGCUUUCAAGUUGCAAAUCCUGCUUGCACGCUCCAUUGUCGGCCAGUAGAGGGCAGUGUUAUCCCAAGAUCUUCAUUAAUCGCUGUACUGUAGAAGUCUCGUAAACAGAGUUUGAGAUUCUCGAGACUUCUUUCUAGAGGUGACACAAAUAUGGAAAGACUUCGGGAGCAGACGCUGGUGUUUAGAGCCUCGUUUAUUAUCUGGACCUCUGACAAAUAUAUAGAAGAAUAAAUGUACAUAGAGUAGAUUUAGUCCUAAACAUCUAUUUUGUGUUUUUAAUAUGCAGUUGUAUGAAAAGUAGCACUAUAAUGUUAACUCAUGGACACAAACCACAUGUUGGGGAAAAACAUGCCUGAAUAAAAAUAUGAUUAUUUUUAGGUUAAGACCUCACUCAAAUAGUGGGCUCCAAAAGUCUGAGACUUUAAACUUUGAAAUAUGCAAUACGCAGGAUUUUGAAUCAUAAAUUGUGAGUAAAUAUAUUUUUUUGAUUCUGUGUUUGUCAGCUCAUAGCGAAAAAAGACAAACCAAAUACUAAGAUGUUAUCAGUUUAACUCUUAUUGAAGAAAAAAAAAAAUAUUCAGCAAGGAUGCAUUAAAUUGAUCAAAAGUGGCUGUAAAGUCAUUUAUAGUGUUACAAAAUAUUUUGCCAUCAAAUGUCACUUAACA